CAGUGUUAUUUUACCAUGUGAGCUCGGAAGUAGCAGACUGGUAUUUAAACAUAGUGCUGGAGAAAUUCACAAGCGAUGGACAGGGUUUGUUUAGGAAGUUUUACCAUUUAAAAAUCUCAGGGAAUGCUUUUUAAUCAUCUAUAAUGAUAUCGGGCCUGGAAUCAUGUACAACCCAUUCGUAUGAGAACAACAGGAUUGUCUCACAGAUCGAUUGUGAUUUUAAGAGGGCCGGUAUUUUUCAGCUGUUUUAAUGUGUAAAUGACAGGUGCGUGUUUUGAAAUAUGAGUGAAGUGACGGAGCCGGGUGCUUUACCUCCCAGAGAGGGCCUACCACCGUCUCCCAACAACACCUCCUCUAUACCCGGACACUACAUCAACACAUCGACCAUCCUUACCCGGAACGAGAACCCGGACACUCAGCAACUACAUAUAAUUGAAAACAGUUCGGAUAUAGGAGAAUCCAACUCUCUACCUAAUGGUGUCGAUAACGUCUCAGAUGUAGGUGAGUCGGAGUCUGACGUAGAGGAAAUAGGGAACAAUAGCCAGUUGUUAGACAGCUUUAAUAAAAGGGAAAUUGAGAAUGGCGGUGUGUCUAAACGUUCUUUGGCAUUCGAAGAUCCGGCAGAGCCACGAUACAAUAAAAGUGCCACAAUGGACCAGGAAGAAAGCAUUGAAAAAUCCAGACCCACACGUAAAUAUCUACAACGGAAAAGGUUGAAACUUCUAGUGAAUAAAGUAAUGGAGAAAUUCAAAGCCAAUGUCAAGAAUCAAAGGCCCAUUCGUCUGCACAUGGACGUGAAACCCAAACAAGCCUGGGACUAUGGUCCACUAACAACAGGUGCUUACAAUGACAUCCCGAAAGGAGACAUGUUUUAUACAAUCCCGUAUACAGAAUGGACUAUAGAGGGCCAGGUUAGUGCAGGGGAGAUAGAGAAGGCCCUGGUUCACACUCUAGACGAUUCAGUUGAGACCGUCGCUUCCCCCGAAAAAGGGGAAAGGCGGUUUAACUCGCCAUCUACCGACAAUAUCACUGUGCUAGCCGACCCUUACAUCUUAGAUACAGAUGAGGAAAAUAAUGUCGACGUGGAAGAAAAUGUGAAUGUACAAGACAUUAAAUCUAGAGCAACAUCAGGUGCUGCGACUUCAAUAGGGACCAAUUCGUUAGCCCUAGACGUUGCUGCGACGGCCACAGAAGUUUCCUCACUGACAGGUCCCAGAUCGACGUCUACACCGGUAGCAACGUCAGUCUCACAGAUCCCAUCGGCACCAGAAACUGUGACGUCGACAUCGGUAGUUUUGACGUCAUCCGCUGAAACUCCACUUCAUUUUGUCACAAUAUCUACAGAUACGGUUGUUGCUAAAAGCCCUUCACCAACUAAAGGGCUAGUUAAAUCUUCAACAGUUGCGGCAAAGGUCUCUGACAAACUCGUACAACGUUCGGCACCAGCAGACGUAAACAAAGCCAUUACGUUCAUAUCCGCAACCUACGAAAAGCCAAAACCCAAUGUUACAUUUGCCCGAAGCACCACGUCUAUACCUACCAACGUCGCAAACCCAAACCACCCUGUUCCUCCGUCGAACGCCGUUCCGAACACCGAGUCCGCGUUACAGAGGGAGGACACUUGGGGAUCACGUGCUCCGCUUCCUAGUCUAGCGUCGCACGACAGUAUGAGAUUUGGCGAUGACAGUUCCGAGGUUUCUUCCUCCUCGCCUCAAAACAAACGAAAAAUCAUAGUGACUCUACCAGACAUAUCAAUAGAUGUCGAAGAUCACAAAAAGGUGUUGCAAACCAAGAUGACGCCAAACGAACCAAGGAACGCAUUUCCUAGUGCAAAAGCUAGCAAAUCGUUACCGAAGCAUAGGCUAAAAUCACCACCCAAUUACACACUUGAGGGAUCAGCCCGAACUCUGUCUCGGAAACAAAGUGACUUUCCUGCUCUUAAGAUUACAGGAUCAAACGAAGAGGCGUUGUCAUCUAGCUUAUUCCGUCUUGCCCCAGCAAACACAACGAAAAGUACCAUCGAAAUCGUUACAUCAGAAAAUGCCUCCGCCGGAAGUGAUUCCGUCAGUUCACCGGAAGUGAUCGAAACGAUUCCUCAUGUGACUCCUAUGGUAGCUAGCAUACCAAAAUUACAUACAGAAAAUCCACUUUUAUCUAUAAAAGGAACAAAUGUAUCAAAUUUUAACCCGGUAGGUGAGAGUGCAGCAGACAGCUCUUCAUCAGAAUCUGUGGACCUGACAAAGAACAUGUUAGGAAACAGACUGAGUAUUGUCAUUGUAAACCGGAAGCGAGCGAAGGCGUGUCGACAACGUCAUAAACGGAAGUCAGCACACGAGAGUGAACCAGAAAUGAGAGUGUUUAGGAAUAGGUCAUCUUACAACAGAAAAAGCAGAGAUAUGGAGUUUACCGGUCCAUUCAUUGAGAGAUCUAAGACCCUCGAGUUCCCAUCCCUUACCCCCGGGAAAGUGUGGAACCCGGAUCUGGAGGCGACAGCGAUACGAACUAACCCAGAAAACCAUAAAGAUCCAAAAAAGAGUCCAAAGUCGGUCAAAAUGACGACUCUACGUGGUCCUAGUGAUAAGGAGGUCAACCCACUUGGUAGUAUACCACAAGCCUACAAGCUCAACGGUCAUAUGUCUGACUUUCUGUACAGAGUGUUCGUCAGACAAAACCUUGCCUCUCAAACAGGAAGUGCCGGCAAGAAAUCAACUCCGGCGCCGUUACCGGAAGUGUCUCCGUCUUCUAUCAAGCCUUUCCGUUCAUUGACCUUUGUUCAGAGUAACCCUUCUGUGCGCUUAUAUAGACAGCCCAAUUGGUCGCCUGAUAAGGCGUCUUAUGGUGGUGAAAACGCCGUCAAACUGGGCAUAGUCAAUAACCCUUCCUUCGUUGUUCUUUGAUGAUAAUGCCAUUGAUUGGCGCUGUCAAAAGACACGUGUGAACUAGUUUAUUUUGUGUAAUCAACCUAUGAUGUAAAUAAAUCACCCUUCAAAAAAUCAAAUAAAUUAUGUCGUCAUUAAAAUAUAUGUAUCAUCAGUUGCAUCACCCGGAAAUAAAAAAACACACAUACAUAUAGUACUUUUCGGUACCGAAGUUCAGUAUAUUAUAGACUGAUAUUCAUUUACGUCAACUGGAAUUGAAGGCUACAUACCAAGAUGGUUUUGAUCUUUGAUGAUUCAUGUUGCAAGCGAUCAAGCUAGAAUUAAUGUGUAAAGUUUUUGUUGUCAGAAAAUGCCCGGAUGACAUGAUAUAUGCAUUGAUUGAUGAUCUGAUGAUGCAUACCUAUGAUCAGUAUUUACAUACACUGAAAAAUAAUUUACAA